AUGGCUAGAGGACCUAAGAAGCACCUUAAGAGAUUGGCAGCCCCAUCCCACUGGAUGUUGGACAAAUUGUCCGGCACCUACGCCCCAAGACCCUCUGCUGGUCCACACAAGUUGAGAGAGUCCUUGCCUUUGAUCGUCUUCUUGAGAAACAGAUUGAAGUACGCUUUGAACGGUAGAGAGGUCAAGGCCAUCUUGAUGCAAGAGCACGUCAAGGUUGACGGCAAGGUCAGAACCGACUCCACUUUCCCAGCCGGUUUCAUGGACGUCAUCACCUUGGAGGCCACCAACGAGAACUUCAGAUUGGUCUACGACGUCAAGGGUAGAUUCACUGUCCACAGAAUCACCGGCGAGGAGGCUUCCUACAAGUUGGGUAAGGUCAGAAAGAUCGCUUUGGGUAAGAGAGGUGUUCCUUACGCCGUCACCCACGACGGUAGAACCAUCAGAUACCCAGACCCUCAGGUCAAGGCCAACGACACUGUCAAGAUCGACUUGGCCACCGGCAAGAUUACUGACUUCAUCAAGUUCGACACCGGUAAGUUGGCCAUGGUCACCGGCGGUAAGAACAUGGGUAGAAUCGGUGUCAUUGUUCACAGAGAGAAGCACGAGGGUGGCUUCGACUUGGUCCACAUCAAGGACGCUUUGGAGAACACUUUCGUCACCAGACAAUCUAACGUCUUCGUCAUCGGUACCGAGGCUGGCAAGCCAUACGUGUCCUUGCCAAAGGGUAAGGGUAUCAAGUUGUCCAUCACUGAGGAGCGUGACAGAAGAAGAGCCCAAGGCGGUUUGCCCUUGCGGCUUGCGGGCCUCAACUUUCUCCAUACAACAGACACGCACGGGUGGCUCGGCGGCCACUUGAACCAGCGUGCAUACGACGGCGACUGGGGCGACUUCGAGUCGUUUGUGCAGCACGUGAAACAGCGGGCGCACGACCAGAAACAGGACCUCCUUCUCGUAGAUUCCGGCGACCGCCACGACGGCAACGGGCUUUCGGACGCCACGGCGCCAAACGGCGCCCGCAGCCUGCCCAUUUUCGCCCAGCUGGCGUACGACAUCGUGACGUUGGGCAACCACGAGUUGUAUGUGUGGGAGAACAGCCGCCAGGAGCUCGACUUGAUUGCGCUGCACUACGGCGACAGGUACGUGAGCUCCAACGUGGAAUACCGGGCCCGCGGCAACGGCACGUUUGUGCCGUUUGCGCCGCGCUUCCGCUACUUCCGCACGCCGCAGCAGGGCGUGCGGGUGUUGGCGUUGGCGUUUCUUUUUGACUUUGGCCGUGCCAACGGAAACACGCGCGUCACGCCCAUCCGCCAGGCCAUCCGGGAGCCGUGGUUCCGCGACGUGCUCGCGUCGCACCCGCCGCUGGCGGUGGACGUGAUCGUGGUGGUCGCGCACGUGCCGGUCGCCAGGCGCUGGGCCGAGUUGCAGCUCCUCCACUCGGCGCUCCGCGACGCGUACCCACAAACGGUGAUCCAGUACUUUGGCGGGCACAGCCACAUCCGCGACUUUGUGGUCUUGGACGACAGGCUGGCCGCGCUCCAGAGCGGGCGCUUCUGCGAAACCGUGGGGUUCGUGAGCGUCGACUUGCUGCCGGAGACUGUGCCCGUGCACUCGCGCUUCUCCCGCUCGUACAUCGACUUCAGCGUGGACCUGUUCAUGUUCCACGCCCAGAAGCACGUGCCGGCGGACUUCCACACGCGCCGGGGGUCUGAAAUCAAGCGCAUGCUCGCCAGCGCCCGCUCGGACCUCCGGCUUGACACCGUCUUGGGGCACGUGACGCGCUCCAACUACUACAUGGACUACGUGCCGCUCUCCCACCCCAAGAACAUCUACAAGUUGCUCACGGACCGCGUGUUGCCGUCGCUCCCCCGCAAAGAGGCCCGCGGCUCGGCAAACCGCCUGAGAAUCGUCCUCAUCAACACGGGCUCCGUGCGCUACGACCUCUACAAGGGCCCGUACACUGUGGACAGCCACUACAUCGUGUCGCCGUUUCAGAACGACUGGGUGUGCGUCCGCCUCCCCAAGCGCAUCGCGCUCCAGGUGGCGCCGAAGCUCAACGAGAACGACUACAUUCUCGCCGCCCCUGGCGACGGUCUCCGGAACUCGUACUUGAAGCCGCCGCACCAGCGAGACGCGCACAAGACGCCGGGCCUUCGCGGCCAGCUCGCGCUAGCGUACCCUGAUUUGGCAGGCGAAACCGACAUCCAGGGCCGGCUCGCCAAGGGGUACGUGACACACGACGACUUUGGCCACACGGGCGACGACACCCCGCACCGCGGAGUCACCAACCACCCGCUUCCGAACGUGGUGCAGAGCCUCGAGUUGGUCCCUGGCCUGGACGCGGACGUGGACGUGGUGUUCUACAGCUUUCUCAUCCCCAACGUGCGCGCGGCCGUGGCCGCGCUCGGCGGCCUGAUGGACGGGUUGGAAUUCUACUCCGACAUGUACUUGGGGCUUUUGCUCGACCGGUAUGUGGCCGAGCACGGCGUGUGA